AUGUCAACCGUCCAAGCUUGUCCGGUUAACCGCAACACACCGCUUAGAUCUCCAAACUGCACCUCCAGCUUUCGAAAGAAGUGGGGAUACACAGAAGAGCUCUUUUGCGGCUUUCGUGCAGCCAGUUCUUUGCAAGCCGCCAAAAUUAAGUUCCUAGCUUGUGGCACAGGAUCCGUCAGAGUGCCCCUGGUCGCACAGUUCGACGUGGCAGGAUCUCCAGAGCUUGAAGGCCGCGUUGGAUCUCAGUGGCCGCCGCCGCGCGAGUGCAAGGACCCAUCCGGCAAGGAGGUCGGAAGCCUGAACCCCGAGUAUAACAGGUGGAUGACAUGCUGGAGUGUCCCGUGA